GGGUCAGCAGCGAGAUGGCGGCGGCGGGUGGCAGCGGGCCGGGGCGGCGGUGGCUGCUGUGCCUCUGCCUGUGCGUUGCGCUGCUGCCUCGGGCGGCGCGGGCGCUGACAGAGGGGCUCUACUGUGGGCGGCGGGUCUGCUACGAGGUGCUGGGCGUCAGUCGGCAGGCCAGCAAGGCGGAGAUCGCCCGCGCCUACCGGCAGCUCGCCCGCAAGUACCAUCCCGACCGGUACCGCGGGGACCCGGGCAGCGGCCCUCAGGCGGCGCACGAGAAGUUCCUCCUCAUUGCCACCGCCUACGAGACCCUCAAGGAUGAAGAAACACGUAAAGAUUAUGACUACAUGUUGGAUCAUCCUGAAGAGUAUUACAGGCAUUAUUAUCACUACUACAGCAGGAGAUUGGCACCUAAAGUGGAUGUCAGAAUAGUGAUUCUAGUUACAGUGUGUGCCAUCUCUGUAUUUCAGUUCUUCAGUUGGUGGAAUAGUUACAAUGAAGCUAUCAACUAUUUAGCUACAGUGCCAAAAUACCGUAUACAAGCUACUGAGAUUGCCAGGCAACAAGGUUUACUCAACAAGACUAAAGAAAAAGGCAAGAACAGGCGGUCUAAAGAAGAAAUUCGUGAAGAAGAGGAAGAAAUCAUCAAAGACAUUAUUAAAAAUAAAAUAGAUAUAAAAGGUGGUUAUCAGAAGCCCAAAAUAUAUGAUAUCCUUCUGUUUCAGAUCCUUCUUUCUCCUUUUUACUUGGGCAAAUACAUAGUUUGGAACUGUUGGUGGAUUUACCGUUUUACUAUUAAAGGGCAAGAGUAUGGUGUGGAAGAGAAGCUAUAUAUCAUACGAAGGUACAUGAAAAUGUCUGAGUCUCAGUUUGACAGCCUAGAAGAUCAUCAAAAAGAGACCUUCCUUGAACGGCAACUGUGGAUACGAGAAAACUAUGAGGUCUACAAACAAGAACAAGAGGAGGAGCUAAAGAAGAAGAUGGCCAUGGAUCCCCGAUGGAAGAGAUAUCGGCGGUGGAUGAAAAAUGAAGGACCUGGAAGACUGACUUUUAUUGAUGAUUGAAAGUUGCUGAACAAAAUGUGUGCUAAUGUUGUAAGUGAUGUACAAAACUUUUCAUUACAUCAUUCGGAGUUUUGACUGCUGUGGCUCAGCAGUGAUCUAAAACUCAGGAAUUGUUAAAUCAGGCCGAAACAUAAUAUAGGUUUAUGAUUUUUAUAAAUCAGACCUAUGAAACAGGCUCAGCUCAAUGUAUAUAUGCCAUUUACUUGGGGAUCUUGGUGUGGAAUUGAUUAUUCCAAACAAUGUUUUUCCUGUAUAUAUUUCAUAUUCAUGAUCAGUGGAACUGUAACUUUAGUCUUUCUCAAAAUGCUUCUAGAUCAGUCCUUGCAAAUCCUGUUCUUACUCUUUAAACUGAAGUAUUCCUGCAAACGGACACUGGAAAUGCUUACAAAGGAUUCUGAAGCAAGGGCCAUUUUCAUAGAAUCAUGGAAUAGUUAGGGUUGGAAAGGACCUUGAGAUCAUCCAAUUCCAAUCCCCUCUGCCAUGGGCAGGGACACCUCCAGUAAACCACGU